AUGGCAAUAAUUAAUCUAAAUAUUGGUGGUGAAAAAAAUUUACGAAUUUUUAUCGACGAUAUCAAAUCAGUGAAGUUAAAAUAUUCAGAAUUUGAUUUGAGUAAACAAAUGUUACGCUGUAAUAAUCAAUGUCCAAAAUCGUUACGUCCAAUCUUAUUUAUAAAAGCAGAAAUAUUCCGUCAAAAACGUCAAAAACGUGAAAUCCGGAGUGAUGAAGAUUGCUCAAGUCGUAAAUGUUGCCUUAAAUCACGUUAUUUUCAAUUUCAAAAUAGCGGUUUUGAGCAUAUCACAACACCUAAUGGAUUUCUGAUGAAUUUCUGUGAUGGAAUCUGUGAUCAAACACUUAUUCCGGCUACAAAUGAUCGUAAUGCCUUGGUACAAGCGAUGAAAAUUUCAAAUUUACAUUUUAAUCCGUUCAAAGAUAAAUGGGUCUGUUGUGUACCAAUUAAAUUUGCAUCUAUUAAUGUUGCUGAACAGUACAACAAUGGUACACAACGAUUAAUUCCAUUAAAAAAUGUCAAAGUUGAGGAAUGUGGUUGUGUGAUAUAA